AUGCUCAGGAGAAAUGUCCCCAGAGUCCUCUGCAGGGGGCUGAUUUUGGUCAGUGCCAUCAAUCUGCUUCUGGUAUUUCAUGCCAAUGGGACUUUACAGAAGUGGAUUCUGAGCGGUCUCCACAAGGAGCUUCGUUUGCCUCUGUGUGAAUGGAGCGGGGCUGGGAUAACGAGGCUCUCUCACUUGGUAUUUUGCAGCAUCUGAUUAAAAGAACAUGUGAAAUUGGCUACGAAGCAACAAGAAAACGCAGAGAACACAGUGGAGAGGGUAAAAGAUAAAGAACGUCCUGUUGGAGAGGCAGUGGAAGCCAGGAUGAGGGACGUGCAGAAGCACAAACCCAAAGAGAAACUCUUCCCAGAUUCACCACUUUUCAAGCAGUUGGGGGAGGAUCUUUCUGAGGCUCAGCAGAAAAAGGCCCAGGACCUCUUCCAGAAGUUUGGUUACAACUGUUACCUUGGUAACCAGCCCCUCAGUCGUGUCAUCCCAGACACGUGGGAUCCUGGGUUUGUUACACAUUAUUCAAGGGCAGAGCCCAUCUUGGCUCAAAUUCAGGAAGACCGCACUGUGAUUGUGUCUUCUGUGUUUGAUAAUGUUCGUUUUGACACCUUUGAACUGGAAAAGUACACAUUGGCAGCUGAUGGUUUUGACUGGAGACUAUGGGGCUGCUAUGACCUACUGCCAGAGGCCUGGCUGGAUCUGCAUGAUGUCACCACCCCACUGAAGAGUCCUUCCAACCUGGGCAUCCUGGCUGCCAACAGGCACUUGGUGGGGGAGACUGGGUCUCUGGAUGGUGGGAUACUCAUCUAUGGAGGAGAGAACGUGGACCUCAGCCUGAGGGUGUGGCAGUGUGGAGGGAGAAUCGAGAUCUUGCCCUGCUCCCGGGUUGCUCAGCUAGAGAGACACCACAAGCCCUAUGCCCCAGAUCUGAGUUCCGCCUUGAAGCGCAGUGCUCUGCACGUGGCUGAAAUCUGGAUGCAUGAAUGCAAACACACGGUCCACUUGGCCUGGAACAUACCUCUCCAGAACUCUGGCAUUGAUUUGGGAGACAUUUCUUCCAGAAAGGCACUCUGGGAGAAACUGAAAUGUAGAAGUUUUGACUGGUAUCUGAAAAAUGUUUAUCCGGUCCUGAAGCCAAUCCACAGCACUGUGGGCUUUGGGAGAAUGAAAAAUUCCCUGGAUGAAAGUGUCUGCCUGGACCAGGGACUUACUUCAGGCAACACCCCCAGGAUGUGUUACUGUCACAGCCACAGUGGACAGGAUGUCUGCUACCACCUAACUGGGGAUCUAGGUGGGGCCAUGACUGCAGGGACACGUGCUGAUGAUUGCUGACCCGCAGACCCCGGCAGUGGGGAGCAACCCACUCUAGAGUCAUGUCCCAAGGCAGCCAAAACUGGAUCGUACAUGUACUGGGAUUGUAAACCAGGCGAGAGAGAGGAAGCUGGCACAGUGGUCCAAGCAAGGAGACCUACACAUACAUUUCUGAUAGCGGCUGGACAGAGAGGGUCCAGACCCUCAACUUCUCAGGAGGACGACACCCCUCCCGUGGCCUCCCACAAGAAGUGACCAGACUAGUAAAAGCUGAGACUGGAACCACGGGCUUUAAAGAUGGGGCCUAGGAUGUUGGAGUGAGGCUGUGGGGGAAGGUGAAAGCCGAUGGUGUGGGGAGGUCAGGGGCCAAGAGAUGCCAGAAGGCGCAUGGCUGUGCUACAGACCCACCCAGGGAAGGGUGGCCGAAAGGACUAAGAAAUAAAUACCUGGCAAAUCGCAGAGGCUGUGUGUUUUGCCGUGUGGAAACGUCAAUAGCUAAGAGGAGCAGGAAGUCAAGCAGUCAUGACAGAAGGCGGUUAUCCAGUGCACUCCGCUUCCCAGCACCACCCGCAGAUCACCGGAAGAGUAGCGUGUUUACCGUCUGCAGCCCUGGACAGCGGGGUUCUUGCGGGAGCUAGACACUAAGUGUGGUCUAGGCGUUCAAGCCUCCUCCUAAGUGGCACCUGGAAAGGAUGCUGGAGAGAGGGGACUGGGCGAGCAGGAGGAGCUUCCCAGAAGGAGCCUGCUGUCCUCUCCUGAGGACAGGCCAGGAGUGGAGAGCUGUCAACGCCAAGAGCAACGUGCGUCCCACACUACUAGAAAGAAGCCCCUCCCGCGCCUGGGAGGCCUGCCCACAGCGUUACCAGGGCCCCGGGAGAGCCACGGGGGUGAAGCUCUGAUGACAUUCACCCACAGGCAUGUAUGGACGAGAGGCAGGCGACGCCUAGACCACGGUUAGUGUCUAGCUCCCUCACCCCAGCAUGUUUUCCUCUUGGUGACAAUGCACAUGGGGCUGAUUUUCUUGCAUCGCAUUUACUGUGCUAGUUAUGUGGGCCUGGGUUUGCUGUUUGCUUCUGAGCAACUCCCAUGUAUGUUCUGAGUGCUGGGGCUUUGGUGACGGGGUUGCGUUACGGCUGCAGAAGUCUCGGCAGCAGGACUGUUUUCUUAGCCACGUGCCCGACAGAACCGUUCCUCAUGCAAUGUCUGGCGAGUGAGUGAGGUCACGAAUGAAUGAAGUGUCUGCUCUGGUGACUGCGUACAGUUAAAACACUUAUAUCCAAACCUUCAGCUCACACACUGUUCACCACAAGUGAGGUGUUGGCCAGCGGUGUGCACAUGCACACACACGCGUACGCACACACACACUCACACACACACACAUGCGCACACACUCUUGUCUCUCCCAGGCUUCUCUCCUUACUAACGAAGCCAAUAACUGUCAUCUCCUGUGAAGGUCUGUUUCCCAAGUGGUGCUCUCAUUCGUUUGUGCCCUCGUUCAACAAGGGCCCACCCCUACUGUGCACUGGGCCCAGAAAUAAGGCUGACGAGAA